GCGCUGGCGAUGCGCUGGUUCCACUGUGGCCCGCCUCCGCUGUAGAGAUCGCAAAACGACGGCUCAAGCAAGCACCCGCGUAGUCGACGACGCUCCGCACACCGGCAUCGUCGCCGGUUCAUAAUCCGACCUUCAUCCAUCUUUUCUCUCUCGUAGUUCCCCUGCGCAUGUACUAGAAUUUCUGCCUUCGCCACUAUUCACUCGACCGACUAGCUGCUCUGCCCAUCACAAAAGCAACCAUGACGCAACAAAAGGCUCGGGUCCUCAUCGUGGGCACCGGCGGCGUCGGCACCAUGGCCGCCUACGCUUUGGAGAGCGGUGGUAAGGCUGAGGUCACGGCCGUCAUGCGAUCCAACUAUGACGCUGUGGUGAAGAAUGGCAUUGAUAUCGACUCGAUUGAGCACGGCCACGACAUCAAGGGCUGGCGACCAACCGCAAUCUCCAAGACCAUCCCCGACGUCGCCAAAGAAAACCUCCCCCCCUUCGACUUCAUCCUCGUCACCACCAAAAACAUCCCCGACGUCUCUCCCACCGUCGCCGACCUCAUCGCCCCGGCCGUCACGCCCGGCAGGACGGCCAUUGUGCUCUCCCAGAACGGCAUCAACAUCGAGAAGCCCAUCAUCCCCCGCUUCCCCACCAACCCCAUCAUCAGCAGCGUGUCGUACAUCGGCGCCACCGAAAAGGCCCACGGCAAGAUCCUCCACGACGAUGCCGACUUCCAGAAGAUUGGCGCCUUCUCCAGCCCCGAUGUCCCAGUUGAGGUAGCCGCCGAUGCCGCCAAGCGCUACAUUGCCGCCUACAACGCGGCUGGAAAGCUCAAUAUCGUCUACGAGGCCGAUGUGCGCUUCGUCCGCUGGCGCAAGCUCGUCUACAACUCCUCCUUCAACUCGAUUGCCACCGUACUACGCAUGGACACGGCACGCAUGCGUAUGAGCCGUCACGUCAUCGACGACCUCAUCCGCCCCAUUAUGCUCGAGAUUAUUGCCGCAGCCCGCGCCUGCGGUGUGGAGCUGGGCGACGACCUUCCCGAGACCGUCAUCAAGACCGACCCGACCGACACCGCUUUCAAGCCCAGCAUGUGCCAGGACGUCGAGAAGGGCAAUCUGAUGGAGAUUGAGAACAUUGUCGGCGAGCCACUCCGUGAAGGCGCAGCCCACGGCGUGCCCAUGCCUACGCUGCGCACAGUUUACGGCGUUCUCAAGGGCUUGCAGCUUCAGGUCAGGGAGAGCAGGGGCAUGUGGGAGGCCAAGUUUGAAGCCGAUAACCCGUACCAGUAGAUUCGAUAGAUUAUUACCUUAGACAAAUAGACCAAUCAGUU